AUGGCGUCCAAUCCUCCACCACCGCCACGCACGAAGCUUGGUCACCACCGUCUCCUUUGUCCCAAUGCCUCCAUACUGGUCUCCCCCCUCUGCCUCGGUGCUAUGAGCUUCGGCGACAUCUGGGCUCCAAUUAUGGGAGAGUGCAACAAGGAAACCAGCUAUGCAAUCCUUGAUCACUUCCAUGCGGCGGGUGGCAACUUCAUCGACACUGCCAACUUCUACAUGGCGGGACAGUCGGAAGAGUGGCUUGGGGACUGGAUGGCUGACCGUGGAGUCCGAGACCAGAUGAUCAUUGCCACCAAGUUCAUGCUGCCGUACAAACUCCCCGAGCAGAUGCCCAUGGGAAGUAUCACCUCCAACUUUGGUGGUGCCAACAAAAAGAGUCUGCGCCUGUCACUAGCAGAGAGCCUCAAGCGAUUGAAGACGGACUAUGUCGACAUUCUCUAUGUGCAUGCCUGGGACGGAGUAACCAGCAUCCCGGAGCUGAUGAGAUCUCUCGAUGACGUGGUCAAACAAGGCAAAGUCCUGUACCUGGGAAUCUCCAACUGGCCGGCUUGGUUGGUCAUCAAGGCAAACGAUUAUGCUCGGCAACAUUGCCUGACUCCAUUUGUGGUAUACGAGGGUUUGUGGAACGUCGUGGCCCGAGACAUCGAGCGGGACAUCGUCCCAAUGUGUAAGGCGGAGGGAAUGGCAAUCACGGUCUGGGAAGCCAUGGGUGCUGGCAAAUUCAAAAGCAAGGAUGAGAAGGCUCAAAAAGGCGGAAGACCAGAGUACGAUCUCUCCGGCAAGGGACUGGACGCAUACGAGCGUGCUACCGUCGCUCUAGAGCGAGUCGCCAAGAGGAAGGGAACAAAUGCAGUGGGUAUCGCCUUGCGAUACAUCACCUUGAAGGCGCCGUACGUGUUUCCAAUCAUCGGGGGUCGGAAGAUCGAACACCUCGAAGCCAAUAUCGACAAUUUGAGCAUCCAGCUGUCUGAAGAAGACAUCCGGGAAAUUGAAGCGGCAGCUCCGAUGAAUCUUGGGUAUCCUCACGCGUUUCUGUCGAGCAAACCAGACAAACAUGUUGGACCGACACGACCGACGAAACUUGAGAUGUGGUGGAGUGCAUUCGAGGGUGUGGAAGAACCAAAGUGCAUCGUGCCAAACUCGCGUGGUGUUGAUGACGCAAACGAAGAGAGGAAAACCUUAAGAGAAAGAGUGGCCGCACUGGAGCGCCUAGUCGAAGCUCUCUCUGAAGAGAAGAGGAAUGUGACUCAAACCACUGCGCCUGCUAUUUCUGUUCGAGAUGGGGAGACAGCGCAAAGCUCGGACGGCGACCUGUCUGAGUUCACCCGCCGCGCUCCACUGAUUGCAGCGCUAGAGGCUUCUCAACUUCUCUCAACUCAGCAAGUCGCAAGCGCGAGUGACUUCGAGCAGCAAGAAGGCGACCCCAGCGCCCAUGUUGAGAGGAAAGGCUUGCAAGUUCCAACCUCAAGUUCGGCCCUGGGAGAAAUCUCUAGCGUCUGUGAACAACUCAGAGCUGCUUUACCACCAUACCAUGAGUUGAGACUAUGUUUUUCUGGAGACACCAAAUGGUGGGACUUCUGGCAUUUAAAGACAUUCGGACCAACCGCACCUCGCGAGAGCCUCCUGCAAUUUCUUGAGCGAGUCUAUAUGGCUGGCAGUCCUAUAGAACUCGGAUUUCUUGUCUCAUCCUACGGUCUCCACAAUGCGGCCGAGGCCUCGCAGUAUCUCCCAGUUGUGGAUCGUCUCGUUCUUGCAAGCGACCACUUCGCUUGCGGUGUGGAAGGUCUCCUUCUGACCGUCUUCCACGCAAAAGUGUAUCUUGAAAUUGGUCAACCCCGCCGUGCGUUUCUGUGUAACCGUCACGGCAUAUCAUUGGCACAGACUAUGAACCUCCACCGCAAUUAUUCGGAUUCACUCAGGCGCAGUGCAGCUUGGUGGACCCUGUAUCUCGGUGACCGGUUUUUGUCCAUCCUGCUUGGUUUGCCAUAUGCUAUUUCGGACGAUUCCUUCCUUGUGACAUAUGCAAAUGAAGCAAGCCAAGCUGGCCACGCUACAUUGCCCUUUGCGAUUCGCUUGGGGAUGCUCACGGGCCGCGUGAUCGACCAGGUUCAAAGUCGCCAAGGACCUAAAUUUUCCGAGAUCCUUGAUAUCGAUGACGAGCUCAUCUCACUAGCUAGCACGCAGACGAGAUACUGGUGGGACCACAAGGUUCCAGCAGUCUCUCGCUCGACCGAUUUGGAUGAAUUCCGAGAGAGGCUCAUAUCUCAGACGCAGUACUUCCUAACCAGGAUAUACUUACAUUUACCAUACCUUUUAAAAUCGCCGACUUCCCACCUUUACGCGAGCAGCAGGCUGAUGGCGAUUGAAUCGGCAAAGGAACUGCUGAGACGUUAUCUGGCUUUACGAUCUCAUGUCGACGGCAGCCCUAUUUGA